UGUAAUGCAAAUGAGCAAACGGCUACUGGGGACGAGUCUACUCCUGCUUUGUAAAGAGUCUGGGCACGACUUGAACGCGGGUUCUGGGAACCAGAUUGGGGUGAUCAUCGAGCCAGAGAAGCGAAAAGGGCUAUGGGGACAAGAGGUAGCCGACAGCUCCCCGCCCCUUCACAAUAACACGAGUUGCAUAAUCAGCAGUAACCCAAUCGCGUGCGUAUGAGCUAGCAAUGCCAGUGAUAGGAUCACCCAAAAGCUGACCUUUUACUAUCUCCAAAUAUUCCGAAUCACACAAAAAUAUUGUUCUCUAUCUCUUAGACUUCAUUGAUAGCUGCUCUAAUAAGGAAGUAUUGUCACAAAAGAAAAAAAGUAAACCUUUAAUAGCGUGACGUUCAACCUUCAAUACAUGCAUUUAAUAUAAUACGCAAAGCAACUAUCAGCGCCAAACUGACCAAACCGACCGGCGGACUUCCCUAAAAAAGUCUAAUUACUCAUCGGUCUGUGUCUAUUAUCCGUGACGGGGCGAUCCAUACCAGUCGUGUGUUGAGUGCUUUGAUUAACAUCCACUGUGCAAUAUGGCUGACCAGAACAAUCAUUCCGACACGGAAAGCCAUGAAUUUGACGACCAAGUCAACGUUUCCCUUCUUCCCGAGACAAACAGCCGCAGCAAGACAGUAUUCCCGUGCUUUCCAGUCAACCGGAAGACUACCAUCUUCGGCGUCGUAGCUGUUCUGCUGUUGGUUUUGGUUGUGCUUCUCGCUGUGUUCUUGCGUUCUUCCUCUGUAGAAUCCAAACAAGAAAAGAAAGCGCAAGUCGAACAAUCAUUACGACUACCGAGACACUUAUCGCCGAUCGAAUAUCAUGUCUAUUUACAUCCCGAUCUGACAACGUUUAAGUUUUCGGGAAAGGUCGAGGUUCUUCUUUGGUGCAAUGAAGCUUCUAACAAUGUUACACUCCAUGUUGGAAAGAAGAUCAAUUACACUGACGUUCAAGUAGCAUUUAUUCCAGACUCAAAUCACACGGAAAUUAAACAGGCCUUGCAAGUGAAGCAGAUAUCUCGACUAACAGGUGAAAUGAUCUGCAUCGAGCUUGACAGCGAACUGCAAAGCGACAGUCAUUACUUUCUGGUAAUCGAGUUCGAUUCAGAGUUAAGUAAGGGCCUAGCUGGAUUCUACGUGAGUAAAUAUACAUCACCAUCAGGUGAAACAAGAUACCUUGCUACCACUCAGUUUGAACCAACUGAUGCGAGAAACGCCUUCCCUUGCUUUGAUGAACCUAACAUGAAAGCAAAGUUUUCCAUUGUCAUAACACGAGAGAAACGUCAUGUAGCGCUAUCAAACAUGCCACUGGAGAGCACUGAAGGGUGUAAUGAUUCAGUGAAACUCUGUACAGACCACUUCAAACAAAGCGUAAAGAUGAGUACCUAUCUUGUGGCAUUCAUUGUCUGCGAUUUCAAAAACAUAACAAAUAAGACACAGAAAGGUGUCGAGGUGCGUGUUUGGGCACCUCCUGAACAGAUUAAUCAAGGUCAGUUUGCUCUGGAUGUUGCGGUAAAAGUUCUGCAGUUUUAUGAAGACACCUUCCAGGUUGACUAUCCGCUUCCAAAGCAAGAUCUCGUAGCCAUCCCCGACUUUGCUGCCGGAGCUAUGGAAAACUGGGGUUUGAUCACCUAUCGCUUGACUGCUUUGUUGUAUGACAAGAACAAAUCUUCAGAUUCUAACAAGGAGUGGGUUGCCGUGGUUGUUGCCCACGAGCUUGCUCAUCAGUGGUUUGGGAACUUAGUUACAAUGGAGUGGUGGAAUGAUCUUUGGCUAAAUGAAGGAUUUGCCAGCUUCAUGGAAAAUGUUGGUGUAAAUUACAUCUACCCUGAGUGGAAAAUGCUGGAUCAGUCUCUUCUUGGCGCAAACCAAAACGCCAUGACUAUGGACCAGCUUGCUAACUCUCAUCCCAUCAUGGCGGACGUGAAGGACCCAGCACAGAUCAAUUCUUUGUUUGAUUCAAUUUCUUAUGAUAAGGGUGCAGCCAUUAUCAGGAUGUUGGAGGAUGUUCUUGGAAGAAAUGUUUUCUUCCAGGGAUUGCAGCAUUACCUUCAGAUGUACAGCUUUAGUAAUGCAAAUACGGAAGAUCUAUGGCAGUGCCUCACACAGGAAGCCAAGAAAGGAAAGGUUGGACUCGAUGUCACAGAGAUGAUGACGACAUGGACAGAUCAAAUGGGCUUCCCUGUGAUGACAGUUGAGAAAGAUGACAAUGACCCAAAGAUAGUUCAUGUAACACAGCAACGCUUUCUUGUUCAUCCCGACACAAAUACACAAGCUAAAUUUACCUGGGUAGUUCCUCUAACUUACAUGACGGAAGAAUCCGAUAACAGAACUAUGCAGCUGAUAAAGAAGAAAAGUGAACAAGUUAAAUUACCUGCGGGAACUAAAGAAAAUUCAUGGUUCAAGAUGAACGUCGGGCAAACUGGAUUCUACCGUGUGAACUAUCAGAUAGAGAACUGGCAGAAACUAGUUCGUCAGCUAGAUACUUCUCACCAGACAUUAACAGCAGCGGAUCGCGCAGGCUUGCUGGAUGAUGCUCUAAACCUUGCUCGGAGCGGCAUGUUGUCUGAUGAAGUGGCUCUGAGUCUCACUCCAUAUCUUAAACAAGAAAGAGAAUACGUUCCAUGGAUGUCGGCGCUUAACAACAUGGCUUAUUUUGCUACUCAGUUUUCCACUUACGAUUCAGUGAAUGGAUCAACAAAAUAUUAUUCAACGUACAAGAAAUACAUCUUGUAUUUGCUUAGAGACAUAGCUAGUGAGCUAGGCUGGGAUGAAACUAAAAGUGAUCCUCAUUUGACGAGAUAUCUUCGCGUUGCUGUGCUGGGUAAGGUCGCGAGCUAUGAAGAUGUCCUUCAUGAGAGUGAAAAACGGCAGUACACAGACAGAGCUUUGGAUCUAUUUAAUGAUUGGCUUUAUAGCGGAAAAUCAAUCACACCCAACUUGCGUAGCACUGUUUACUCCAUCGGCAUAAAGGACGCAAAUGAUUCCACAUGGAUGGAAGUUUUCAAAAGAUUUCAAACCGAGACUGUUCCGUCGGAAAAGAGGAAAUUAAUGUACGCACUCACAUACAGUCGAAGGCCAGAAAUUCUAGAGAGACUCCUAGGAUUCUCACUCGACGAAAGCAAGAUUCGUUCCCAGGAUUCCGUGUCUAUUAUUGACUCGAUAGCCUCCAAUCCAGCUGGAAGGCUUAUAGCUUGGCAGUUUCUACAGGAUAACUACAAUAAACUGUAUGACAGAUAUGGCGAGGGGUCUUUUGAGUUCAGUCGUUUGAUCAUUGCUAACACUGCACAUUUCAACACAGAGGACAGGAAAAUUCAAGUGAGCAAGUUUUUUGACAAAGUAAAACAAGGAUCCGGUGAACGGGCAGUACGACAAAGUUUGGAAAGUAUAGAGGCCAAUAUAAAAUGGAUAAACAACCAUGGUCCAGCAGUGUAUAAUUGGUUUAAGCGGUUCCUUGACAACAAGGAGAACUGAUGGUAUAGAGUCUUACUGAAGGAUGCUCCUGUUCUGUCCAGUGGAACAUUGAUAUUGUAUAGCGAUUGUGUUAACAUCGUGAUAAGUCAUACCAAAAACGAUAAUGUUUGAACAGCAAUGAUGGUGUAGUAAUGGAGAUUCAAAGCACCAUCUGCACUAUUCUGUCUUACAUCAGGUGUCGGCACUUCCUUAACCUAUUUAACGUAAGUGACUUUUUUCUUUCCUAAGCUUAGUUGGAGGGGGGUGGGAAGGGGGGGGGGGUUGGUGGAGGGGUACAAAGCGCAUCCUUGAACAUUUGAAACAAACGCAACAUUUCAAACUUCUGGUAUGACCGAGCAUUCAGCGAUGUUUAUUUUAGUGGCAAUAAUGUGCCAGUUAUCACAAGAUAAAAUGCUGAAAUGACGUCACAUAUUUUUAAGACGUCUCCCAUCUUAGACUUCACCUUUUUUUAAAGAAAAAAGAAAUUUCAGAAAAUCUCCAAAACUAAGUUCACAACAAAAUACACAUUUCACGGAUAUUUCUUUUUUUGCCCCAUAUCAGAUUGGAUUUGAUUUGUAGACUAUCAAUCAAGCAGUCAAAUCUUCUGUUCCUUUUCAGAAUUGUAUUUAGAUUUCCGCGGUUUUACCACUGUCUGUACGCAAGUGCAAAUUUGUAUUUAAAAACUGAGAAACAGAAGUAAGAGGCUUAUUUAUGUGUAAUAUGUAACUCUAUAUAGUCAAGUCCAAAACAGUAAGUUUAAGUUUAAGUUUAAUGUAACUUUCCCACAUAUACGCCAAGAAAACAAAGCAAAAAGAUGGCGGGAUAGUAACAGGGGGAAACUUGUUCAUCAAAUCGGACUUAUAUAAUGAGAACAGAUUGCGUUAAAAAUGAAGACCUUUUACCAAUAUGUGAUAUCCUUUGCCGCUGUACACAAAGCAUCUCGAACUGUUGUGAGAUAACUCAUAACACCAUCUCAUUGUAGCUUAAAUUAAGGGAAUCAGUGGUAUUCAUGGUGAGGCGCAGCGUAUAAGAUGCGUUCAGCUUUGAAGCUGGAGAUCUAAUCAUACCUGUGGGAAAGCUUGGAGUAGUUCAGAAAGAUUUUUUACAGAUCAUGCGCAGUUGUGGAGGCAGUGAAUUGGAAAUAAUAAAUGUUAAUAAAGCUUUGUUA